AUGUCCCCCGACCAAGCAGCGGCUGCGGAGGAGCCCGCGCCCUCCUCCAUCCUCAUCAUCGGCUCCGGCGUCUUCGGCCUCACGACGGCGUACGAGCUCGCCCAGCGCCCGCGCUACGCGUCCACGACCAUCACCGUCCUCGACCGCUCCCCCGUCCCCGGCCCCAGCGAGGACGCCGCCUCGGUCGACUCCUCCCGCAUCAUCCGCGCAGACUACGCCGACCCAGCCUACGCCCGCCUCGCCGCCGAGGCCCAGACCGAAUGGCGCAAGACCGAGCACCCCUCUGACCUCGGCGCCGAGGGCCGCUACAGCCAGUCCGGCCUCUGUCUCGUCGCCGACCCGACCCCGCUGGCCGCCUCCUCGCCGCCGCGGACCGUCAACACCAACGCCCAGGCCAAGCGCAAGGCCAAGAAGACGUCCCUCGAGUACGUCCGCGAAAGCUACAGCAACGUCGUCUCCCUCGCGGGCGCCGACGGCGACAAGAUCAUCAGGGAGCUGCCCACGCCCGCCGCCAUCAAGGACUUCCUCGGGACCCCCAUCGCGCCGGGGACCUGGGGCUACAUCAACCCCCUCGCCGGCUGGGCCGACGCCGGCGCCGCCAUGUCGUACCUCGCCGCCAAGGUCCAGGCUCUUGGCCGCGUCAACUUUGUGUCAGGCACCGCAACCCACCUGAACUACGGCCCCGAUAGGAGGACAGUCACUGGCGCGACGCUCGACAACGGCGAUGUCCUCUCGGCCGACCUCGUCGUCGUCGCUGCCGGCGCCUGGACGGGCCGGCUCAUCGACCUAUCUGGGCAGGCCAUCGCCACGGGCCAGGCGGUGGGCUACAUCGACAUCACCCCGUCGGAGCUCGAGGUUCUCCGGAAGAUGCCCGUGACCCUCAACUUCAGCACCGGCCUCUUCAUGAUCCCCCCGGCCGGCCUCCAGCUCAAGGUUGCCCGCCACGCCUUCGGCUACCUGAACCCGACGCCCAUCCCCCAUCCCUCACCGUCGGCCCCCUCCUCAGCCGGGUCCACCGUCUCCCUCCCCGCCACGCACCUUACGGACCCCAGGCUUAAGUUCCCCAAGGAGGGCGAGGACGCCCUGCGCGAGGCUGUCCGCACCAUCGUGCCCAUCCCCGCCAUCCACAACCGCCCCUUCGCCCAGACCCGGCUGUGCUGGUACACAGACACCCAGUCUGGAGACUUCCUUGUCUGCCACCACCCAGAGGCCAAAAACCUCUUCGUCGCUACGGGCGGCAGUGGCCACGGCUUCAAGUUCCUACCCGUGCUAGGUCGCGAGAUCGUCAACGUGCUCGAGGGGCGCGGUGACAAGGUCUUCACCGAGAAGUGGCGGUGGAGGGAGACCAAAACCAAGACGGGCGUGACUGAUCUGUACGAGCACAUCAUGACCGAGGAUGGCAGCAGAGGUGGCAUCCCUGGCCUGUUGCUGAAGCAAGAGCAAGCCAAGUUGUAG